CAAAGGCUUUCAGCAAACAGUAAACCUGUUAUGACCUAGAACAGCUGCCUGCAGGUACUAUAUCCACCCUUGAUCGGAGCUGCCAAACUUCCAACUUUUGCUAAAUACUAAAAGGAACAUUCGUGAAAAGAGAGUGGCUGAAACGCCACAAACAAAGCCAGUGAUAAGUGUCAAAGGACUUUAGAAAGUGUUGCACCCGGAAGAGAGAGGGAGGUAUUUGAACUGCGCUACAGAGCAAUAAACCUGCUUUGUCUCACACAAUCCCUUUUUGGAACUGAGAAGGCAGCAAAACAUUCUGUGCUGAUCACUUGGAAGGACCUUAAAAUCCAGAAUUUCAUCAAUUGCAGCAACUACCAUGGCCUUAAUGGAAAGAAAAGCUUUUUACUCCAUCUUUGUUUCUGUGAUGGUAUUAUUAUGGGGUGUGAUGGCUGAAAAUGUAACAAUAACAGCAUUAGGCAACACCACAUCGACAACCCAAGGGGCCUUUGUGAAUGUAACAAGUACUGAGUACAUAUCCUCGGCACAUCCGACUAUUUCGACUUUGGUCGCUACAAAUGCUUCAAGUAAUGUCUCUAGCCCAGGUCAUGAAAAGACUACAACAUUCAGUAAUCUUUUUACUUCAACCAGAUCUACAGAGAAUUCCCCUUCUGAAAAUGGAUCUCUGAGUAUAACUACUAUUGCUACUUUUCUUUCUACUAUCAAUGUAUCAGUUACCAGUUAUACUGGUGGUACAAGUCAUUUAACCCUAAACACAACUCACCCAGGCCAAGUAAAUACUACUUUACAAGACAAUACUCAAGCAGUAACAUCAUCUGAAUGGGCUUCAGGGAAUUCAACAUAUACACUGCAAGAUGGAAAAAUUUCAAAUUUAAAAGAUUCUGAGACAAUUUUGACUUCAAUCUUUAGCACUAUUUUAGGCAUUGUUGCCCUGGCUAUAAUUGUCUUCAUCUUCAGGAAAUACAAGAAAAGGAGAUCUCAGUAUUUGCACCAGCCAUUAGAUGAAUACCCAUAUGAUUCAGCGGACAGAUAUUCUGCUCCAGAUGACACACUAGUAAUUUCCGGAGGUUUAUAUGAUGGACCAAGAAUUUACAAUCCUAACAUGACGGCUCUGGAAGAGGAGGAUUCUCAGCCUGACUAUGUUCCAUUUAAUUCAAGACCAGGUCAAUUCAUACUGGAAUUUUUACCAGGCGACAAGGAGAUGAAUCCCAGUUUUAGCGGAUCCACUUUGGAUACAUACAAUUCACUGCAAAGAAUUGUCUGACCCUAUGAUUGAUAUAUAUAUAAUUCAAAAUUAUCAACCAGUCUGCCAAAAAUUGGGCAACUAAUGUGUCUGUGUAUUAACACUUUAAAGGAGAAGGAAAGGCUAAAAUUAAGUAAGCUUUAUCAGAAAAGUCUAUAUAAAUACACCAGUAAACCCUCAAAGUAAUGCUGCUCUGAGUCCUCUGUCAAAAGAAACACAGCAUU